CAGCGAUCGAGGCGACACCUGCCAGUGCUACCAGUUUCGUGAAAGUAAACCAAUGUGUGUGACGACUGCGAGAAAGAUUCGUACGGAUCGUUCAGGGCAUUCCGUUUGCACGAUUUUUAAAGGUAAUUAUCACAAAAAUGUCGAAGAAACCAGGAGCUACCCAAGCAAUGCAUAAAGUUAUAAUGGUUGGGAGUGGAGGUGUUGGAAAAUCUGCUCUUACUUUACAGUUCAUGUACGAUGAGUUUGUUGAAGAUUAUGAACCUACAAAAGCAGAUUCCUACAGAAAAAAAGUUGUAUUAGACGGAGAGGAAGUACAAAUAGAUAUCUUAGAUACUGCAGGACAAGAAGACUAUGCGGCAAUUCGAGACAAUUACUUCCGUAGUGGAGAAGGGUUUCUCUGUGUAUUCUCGAUAACAGAAGAUGAUAGUUUCCAAGCUACACAAGAAUUUAGAGAACAAAUUCUCAGGGUAAAAAAUGACGAGAACAUUCCAUUUUUAUUAGUGGGAAAUAAAAGUGAUUUACAAGAAAAAAGGAAGGUUAGUCUAGCUGAAGCUCAAGCAAGAUCUCAACAAUGGGGUGUUCCUUAUGUGGAAACAAGUGCUAAGACAAAAGAAAAUGUGGACAAGGUUUUCUUUGAUCUAAUGCGAGCAAUAGCUGCUCGCAAGGCACAGGAAAACCAAGGAGAUGGGAGUGAACGUAAGAAGAAAACAAACUGCUGCAUCUUGCUAUAACAAACCUAAAACAGUGUGUAGCUUGUGUUACGAAAAGUUCAGCUCCUAUAAUUGAAAGCUAAGCAUAAGAGAAUUGUAUUUAUACAAAAAUGAGAGUUUUCUGACACUUUACAGUGAGUUGACACUCUUAAUCUUUACUGUUCACUGUAUCACAUACAGAAUAUAUUCGAAUUCUCUUAAGACACACACACAUAUACAAUUUAUUCUAAUAUAUUUAUAAAUAUAUAUACAUACAUAUUAUAUAUUCACGAAAAUGUUUUCCUAUUCAAAAUAUUCAAGGAAUAUUAUACUUUUUUUAUGAAAUUAUUAAAAAAAAAAAAAAANNNAUUUCAAUAGCAAUACAUUUUUAUUAUUUCUUUUGUCUUAUUAUAUUACUAUAUAUAAUACAUUCCUAUGAUAUAUAAUUUGAGUUACAAGACGAAAUUUUCGUGAGAUUUAUAAUAGCACAAAAUUGCAUGCAAGAUUACUUGCAAAAUUACUUAGAGUGCUGAAACAUAAAUAAUGUUAAUAUAUUUGAGAACAUUGAAAAUGUAAAUAAUAUUUAUAUAUUUUUUAAAUGAAUAUUAUUUGUUUUGCUUUUUCUAUAUAUAUUAUUUGUGCAAAUAAUGUAAUUACAUUCAUGUUGAAAUAAAAUAAUUGCAUUCUUAAGUUGACCUCUUUGCAUUACUUAUUUAUAUAUAACCUUCAAUGAGUUCAGCACUCUUUAUUAUGUUUAAAAAUCGUUAAAUAAAAAUUAUGAAAUUGUGUGAAUGAGAUUAAAUAUUCUGGAUAUUUCGACUUACUCAUUAAUAUAGAAUAAAGUU